CGGCGCUCUCGCGAGACUUGUCGCGGCGCGGCGAGGCCGAGGCGGUCGGGCCCGUUUCAAACCGGCGGUCGCUGGGCCGCGGCCCGCGCGAGAUGGCGGAGAGCGACAGGGCGGAGGCGGCCGCGCCGCGCCGGGCCGAGGAGGCGGCCGGCCAGGCACCGCAGCCGCCGCCGCAGCUACAGCAGCAGCAGCAGCCGGCACCGCAACAACAGACGCCGCAACAGCCGCAGGAUGAGGAGGCGGCGGCGGCCGCGGCACCCGGUAGCGGCGCGGGCAGCGCAAAUGGCGUCAAAAUGGAUAAUGAUGAGACAGCAAAAGAAGGGAAAGCACCUGUGAAAGAAAAGUUUGUUUCAAAAGCAAAGGCAAUCCCUUCUCUUGGAAACAAGAAUAAAUUCCACCCCUAUGCAAAGGAGAAGAAUGCAGGCUCUGGAGACAAGAAGGCUGUUAGUCGCAACAGAGUUUUUAUUAGCAACAUCCCAUAUGACAUGAAAUGGCAAGCUAUUAAAGACCUGAUGAGAGAGAAAGUUGGUGAGGUUACAUACGUGGAGCUGUUUAAGGAUGCUGAAGGAAAAUCAAGGGGUUGUGGUGUGGUUGAAUUCAAAGACGAAGAAUUUGUUAAGAAGGCAUUAGACACUAUGAACAAAUAUGAUCUUAGUGGAAGACCCCUGAAUAUUAAAGAGGAUCCUGAGGGAGAACAUGCUCGCAGGGCUCUGCAGCGGGGAGGAGGGCAGUUUCCAGGAGGACAUGGAUCUGAUGCAGCACCUGGAAUGAUGAAUUUACCACCUUCUAUUCUCAAUAAUCCAAACAUUCCUCCUGAGGUUAUCAGUAAUUUGCAAGCAGGCAGGCUUGGAUCCACGAUUUUUGUUGCAAACCUUGACUUCAAAGUUGGCUGGAAGAAACUGAAGGAGGUAUUCAGCAUUGCUGGAACUGUGAAGCGUGCAGACAUCAAAGAAGAUAAAGAUGGCAAGAGUCGAGGAAUGGGAACAGUUACCUUUGAACAAGCAAUUGAAGCUGUUCAGGCAAUAUCUAUGUUCAAUGGACAAUUCCUGUUUGAUAGACCCAUGCAUGUAAAAAUGGAUGACAAAUCAGUUCCUCAUGAAGACUUCCGUGUUGUGGACAGCAAAAGCUCACAAUUACCUCGCGGUCUUGGUGGCAUUGGUAUGGGACUUGGACCAGGUGGACAGCCCAUCAGUGCAACACAGCUGAGCAUGGGUGGUGGAAUGGGGAGCAUGGGUCCAGGAGGUAUGGGAAUAGACGGCCCAGGAUUUGGUGGAAUGAGUAGAAUGGGAGGCGGACUUCCUGGAUUUCGUGGAAUGGAAGGAAUGCCUAACAUGGGAGGAUUUGGAGUCAACCGAAUGGGAGGUAAAAUGUUCCGUGGUGGAAUGGGAGCAAACAUGGAAAGAGAAUUUGGUCGUGGUGACAUAGCAUUGAACCGUGGUUUUGGAGAGUCUUUUGGAAGAAUGGGUGGUGCAAUGAUUGGUGUUUUUGCAGGAGGAAUGGGAGCACCUAGCAUGGGCCCAGUAAGAUCUGGAAUGAGUGGUGGAAUGGGUGGUAUGAACAAUAUGGCUGGAGGAAUGGGAAUAGAUCGGAUGGGUUCUGGUUUCGAUCGAAUGGGACCAGCCAUGGGUGGAGGCCUGGACAGGAAUAUGGACAUCGAUCGAGGAUUUGUGCCUGGCCCCAUGGGAAGUGGCAUGAGAGAGAGAUUGGGCUCUAAAGGCAACCAGAUAUUUGUGAGAAAUCUUCCUUUUGACUUGACCUGGCAGAAGCUAAAGGAGAAAUUCAGUCAAUGUGGUCAUGUAAUGUUUGCAGAAAUAAAAAUGGAGAAUGGAAAAUCAAAGGGCUGUGGAACAGUCAGAUUUGACUCACCAGAAUCUGCUGAAAAGGCCUGUAGGAUAAUGAACGGCAUAAAAAUCAGUGGCAGAGAAAUUGAUGUCCGCUUGGAUCGCAAUGCAUAAUUUAAAACUGUGUGUUCAGGAACAUUCCUAUGUCUGUUUAGCUUCUCUGUCUUAGUAAGUCAUUUUUAGUAACAUUGUAUGCUUACAAAAGCUGUAAAAAUGAACUUUUAAAUCCCACCAGCCUUUAACAGUAUAGUGUUUAAUAUACUGUGAUACUUGUUAACUGAAUCUUACUAUGUUUGGUUUUUAAAGACAAUUCGCCUGAUUUUGUUGUUUUUUUAGAGCCACUGAGCACCUGCAGGUCCCUAUAGACCAGGGAUGCUUUGGAUGUUCAGUGCCUUUGGAAAAUUAGGCCAAGUGUCUCUAGUCAUUCAGUUUAAAUGAAUGGUUAUACUGUUUUUAAUAAAAUAAGCCAUUUUCUCUGUUAAUCUCCAGAUUGCAUAGUGGGAUUUAUUUAGUGUUUUCUGAUCUUUUUUUUCCCUGCCAAAUGUGUGUUUCAACAUUGUAAUGUAAGAAGUAGAUGUCUUUUUCAGAAUUUUGGUUUUAUAUGUGCAUUGUAGUCAUACUGUAAUUCUUGACUCUAAAAGCAAGGGCUCCAAUUAGGCUGUGAUGUUUUUGUUCUACUUAAUAUUACUUUAAUGACAUGACUUAGUUCUGUAUAUAAGAUUUAGAGACAAUGGGAGUUUGGAGUCGGUUUUUUAAAUUUUAUUUUGACUAAAUGAAGAAACUGAUCUUUUUCUCCUGCUUUUAUUUUUUUCAUCAGCAUAAUCACUGAUUAAAACUAGUUACCACAGACCCUUGUAGGAUUGUUUCCUAUGAUGCCAAGUUCAUAUAAAAUUGAUAAUACAGUAAAUACUAAGUACAGGACAAAACAAAUUGUUCCCAAUUUUUUAUCGAUUUUCCAGCCAUUCAGGUGAACUGCCAGAAAAACAAAACCAACAGAACAGAUAAGAGAAAUGGCUGUGUAUGUCAGACCACUGCUGUUCACUUCUAUGGGUCCUGAUGUAUUUAUGAAGGCAGUUUUUAUAAACCAGGGUAUUCCCAAACAGAGCAUAUCAAAUACAUUGGAUCCUACAACGUUAGACAUAGCCAUAUCUCCAUUUCCUGUAAAAGAAGAAAUACAAAUAAGUUGGCUUAAUUGUAUUGCAUGAAAUUGCCAAACUGUUUUGGAGGAACAGACUGCCAGCCCUCAGUUUCUCACAGAGCAUCCUUUUCAGAUUUUGCAUUGGAAGAACUAUAGUCACGAUUCUACAGAACAUGGGUACCACAACCAUAAAAAGUCUCCCUAAAUCACCAGCAUCUGCACAGUUGCACUUAAAAUCAAGCUAGACAGGCUAUUAUAAAGUCCAGUUAUGUUUAAAAUACAGACACUUAGAGUUGUGUUCCACAGUAAAGCUGUAAUAUGUAAUCAACAACAAAUAAACCGAUCUAUAAUACUUCUCUGAAAUACUCUGAGAAGUUUUUAGAGCCACAGCUUUUUCAGGUAAGCUGUUUAUUAUUUUUAGUAAACUUAAGCUUUAGAGUCUGGAGCACGGAUUUUGAUGUUAAUUUUUGAAUUUACCGAAAUGGUGACUAUAAUUCUUUUUGUAGUACCUUUUAAACACAUCCAUUGGCAUGAGCCUAAAUACUAAAAUAUUUACCUUUUCGAGCCACCAGCACACUUGCAACUGUGUCUGGUACACUUGUUCCUGCUGCAAGUAAUGUGAGACCCAUGACUGACUCUGGGAUUCCCAGUGUUUCCCCUGCAGUUGAGAAAUAAGUGUAGAAAAUGCAAGUGCGGUUUUAGUUAGGGCUCAUCCACUGAAAGUACUUUGCACUUUGCUGGAGAAGGAAUCAGUAAUCAUACCGUAAUUUCAUAUGGAAUGUAUCAGCUAACUUAACUACAUGUGAGGUGACUGAACCACAAAGCAGUUAAAACAAAGAGUAACAACAAAUAUCCUUUCCUUGUUCUUCAAGUCUGCAAUGGCCAAGACAGUAGCAAUUAUAUUUUUUUUUCUUGCAGAUAAAGUAGAAGUUUAAAUACCUGACAAAUUACUACUCCUUUUUUUUCCCCCUAAAUUUCUUGAAAAUACCAUAGUCUUACAGUUUUGGGCAUCUCUUUGUUAGUGUUCAAAAGUCUCAUGAAGCAAUAACUUACUGUUUUUAAUCCCCUCAGGGGGUGGGGAAAAAGCACAGGAAUUUGCUUGGGGAGGACAGUCAUUAAGAUAUUAUGGGAAUACUGUCUCAACUUACAUGCCUUUACCAUUUCACUCCAAUUAGAAAGUGAUUUGGGAGAAUCAAAGUGCAUAAUUUUUAUAUGACUUGUAAGUACAAGUAACCCCUUAGAAGUGUGAGUUCCUUAAGGGAAAUAGUCAUUUAAAUUAAAAGAAAAGUUUUAAACUCUUAUUAGAAGGGCAGCUUGUUUUUCCCUAAUCUCUGUUUUUCUUAGCCCUAAAUGUCCUGUAACCAUAUUAAUUUCUAACUCAAAAUACAGGGAUUCUUCAAAACUGUUCUAGCAGUUGUACCAUUCAGAAGCAUCAAUAUGCAGAAGUAUUUGAUGCCUCUAGUCAAGCUACAAAGUAAUUAUUUUUUCUUAAACAUUUUUGUUCACUAAAAAGUAUCUUAAUAUUUUUUAUUGUUGAAAUCUGAGUUCUUACAUGAAAUAUUUUGACAUAUUUAAUAAGAGCAGUUUUAUUUAAAUAAGAGGCAGUACACUAGGUCAGUCUUAUUGCCUAUGCUUGUCUAUUACCAGCUUAGUCUAGAGCAGCCCUGUAAAUUUAUGUUUGAAACUGUUGAUUUCAGAGGAACUAACAUGAUCCUGUUGCAGAAUUUGUACUCUCUUUAUCCUUCCAUCACUUCUAAUAGGUUUAUAGGAUGAGGGACCAACAAAUCAACUUUUAUAAACCAUCCAGGCUGGAAAAUAAUGGUUCAAACCAAGGUGAAAUAUGAAUGAACCAGCCUUAUGUACCCAACAUUAGUUUCUAGCCCUCUGAAGGUUAUAAGACAGAAUAUAAACUCAGGAGAAGCUAAUUUUUUCAUUUUAUUAGAUAGAUUUAUCUUCUAUUUAAUGUGUAGUGGUUUAUUUUCUGGCAACUGACCAUUAAGACAGAAAAGUCUUAUUUUUCUAGGCUUUUGUUAAUUUUGUGUACUAGUAGCAAUGUGUUGCUAUAAGUAGUUGAAUUUUCUUUGCCAGCAACAGAGAGGUACUAAUUUAGGUUUCUUCUUGACCAUCCCAGUUUAGUGCCCAGCUAUGAUACUUUUGUGACAUUCUGAUAGGCUGAUUAUGCAAUGAUAGAACUUUGAGUUCUCAACGUUCAUGAGAGCCUGGACUUGAAUAUAUUGUGUGUUUAACUUGUAGUGUUUUAACAUGUGAAUUGAAUAUAAUUUACCUAGAAGUAGUGGGCCAAAGACCCCAGUACUACCUGUGAUGACUCUUGAAAGUGAAUAAUACACUCUCUGAAUCUCUACCAUACCUACUUUCAUAUGAAUUAAUACUUAGUCUUGUAGAACAGCAAUAAUGUUGACUUGAAUCCUAUUUCAAAGGCUUCUAGCAUCCAGACAGUGAACCCUUGUUCUCUGGGUACAAUGGAAAAUUAUUUAACCAAGGGCUUAACAUGGUGGGUUAUAAUGUCCAGCAAUCUACUAGUAAUUUCUCAAAGGUUUACUGAAUGUGUAGGUCUGCUUCUGCACUGAACAAGCAGUUAUUCAUAACUGAACUAGUAGAAUGCUUGAGUAGGAUUAGUGAGCUAUAAUGUGAAAAUGGCAAGCUUUGAAAAAUUUCUGUAGAGAUUUAGUUUUGUUUUCUGCUUGUUCUUAAAUAUAAAAGCUGGAUGUCUUUUAAGCUGGCUGGAGAAAGAAACAAUGAAAUGAGAAGACCUUCAAUACCUCAAAGUACUUUUAGGAGACGGUUUUUACAUAUAAGUUUCUACCCCUUCUCUCACUUAAAGGCAAUCCUUGUAGUGCCCCACUUUAGGACGCAGAUUUGUAAGAGGUCCACAUAUACACACUCUAAGAAUAAUUUAAUAAACACAUUUGAGACCUUUUUUGGUAGUUAAUUUAAUGCCAGAUCUCUUACUAUAACUUUUGUGAAAAACACAGGUAUAAAAAUUACAGAUUUUUUCCCAAAAGCUUUGACCUAUAAUUCCAGUCUUAGGGGAUUUCAUGUUUGUCAGCCUUCAGCAUGACAAGUUGAUUGCUGUGUGUCUAAUUGGUUUGCUUAAUGAAGCAAUUUAGUGAAACUCUGUUUUUAAAAAUAGGGUUUUUUGUAGAUGCAUCAAGUUCUCAUUCAUGUAAUGGUAAGCAGCUAAACUCUAUAAUAUUCCAUCAUUGAAUAGAAGAGGCUGGCAAACUAAGCAGUCAAACAUAAGUUUCUGUUGUUGUGGUUUUUUUACAGCACAGUCUAUUAAAGGGAAACCACACCACUUUUUCAGUGAUUCUUGACUGGUAUAGCAACACCACUUUAGGUACUUACCUGCUAUUGUUACCAUCCAUACAAGAACAUAAGUUAUUGCAGAAAUCCAUGCUGCUGAAAUUAAAAAUGUCACCAUGAACCAGUUCCUCCAAAACUGUCUUCUGCAAUCUGGUAUAGUUAAAUAGAAUAGUGUGAUGAUAGGAAGGGAUAACACCCACAAAAUUCUCUUAAUAUCUGCUUCAGGCAUGGUGAAGACAUUUGGAUGAUCUGUUGAAGAAAAAGUUAACUUCUAAAUUGUAGCAUUACAUUUGAAUCCAUAGCAUACAGUAUAAAUGUCCUCGUGAAAAUAUGAAAAAAGGUGAAAAAUACUUCUUCCUCAAAUUUCAGCUGUAGUAUUACCCAGUACCUACAUCUCCCUGGACAAAAUUCUGAAAUCAAGUUACUUCUGGGGAGAUUCUGCUUGUACACAAGGAAAACAUUUCUUCACAAUGAGAAUAAUCACCAGUAAAAUAAUCCCCCCAGGAAGUGGUGAUUCCCCAAUGUUGGACAAUUCUAAGAUUCACCUGAACUGGAGCUGGCCCAUCUGAGACCAUGCCUUUGCCAGGAAAGGUUGGACCAGAUGAUGCUUGAGAUCCCUUUCCAACCUACUAUUCUGUGAUUAAAAUGUUUCUCAUUACAUCACCGGGGAGAACUAAGGUGGAUGAAAAAUUAAUUUCUUUAUAAGGGUUUGCUCAUAGCAUUUACCAAGAGUAAGUACCAACUGCUGUUUUUUGCCUAAGAGGAAAAAUGAUCUGUGACCACAUCACAGCUAUCCCUUUACUUUUGAUAUUAUGCAUAUUUUGGGCUAUGAACCUGCCACUGUCAUAAGGAAACAGUGUGUAUUGCUACAGUACCUGUGUGGCUUUCUGAUGAUAGUGAAUUUUACAAGCAGUGUUGCUGAGAAGUCUCAAAUACACCCAACAAAGACAAAAGUUCUGCUAUGACACAAAUGAGCAACUAUCCUUGCAUUCCUCUAGCAACUAACUUCAUAUGAAAAGCAUCACCCUGAUUUUGCUCAAUGUUAUAUUCCAAGUUGGAAUAAUGAUCUACUUAAAUACUAGGCUGGAGUUUUUUUGUGAGCAAAAUCUUAAUACUAUCUGAGAAUCUGCUCUUGAUAGAACUGAUGCAGACAGGCAUGUGGAGUGCUAGAGACAGCUGUAAUAAUACCUGUACCUUCAGAGAUUUCAUCGAGCCCAUGUAAGCUUGUUGAAAGUUGAGAGUAGUCCAGCUCAUCUUGAAAAAUUCCGCUGUCUGUUCUUGACUGUUGACGAAUUAGAGGUCCACUCUCGUCCCUCCAUCCAACCAGUGGCUGCUGCUCCGCGUUCUCUUCCAUAGCUUUUGUAAAACACGUACAGCAGGGACUGAAUUUCUUCAUGAGGUAUUGGUUGAUUUUAAUGUCAAAACACAGUACUAGAAUAUAACACCCAUAUAUCAAUAAUAGGGAUGCACUUUCAUACCUAGAAUGAAAAACAAGUUUUAUAUGACAUGUAGUAUAAAAGAACUCAAUUGUUGGCAUAAGAAGAGAGAGAGAAAAUUUGCAUGAAUAGCAAAAGGAGAACACACAAAAGCAUCUAUCUGCAAUUGUAUGGCUAUUGUCAUGGACGUUUGUGAGUGUCCCCAUGUCUUUCAGCAGUUUGAUUAACUCCCCUCCUCUGCAGAAUCUUGUUUGUGUAUUGUAUAGCUGCAUGUUUUUUCAGGGGAUCUUACUGAUUGAACAUUUUCCUGAUAUUUGCAAAAUUGAGUCUUCAUGUGAUGCUUAAAUUAUAAACUUCAAGGGACUUAAUGCUGGACCUGACUGGUUAAGGUAACAGGAGUUUCGGUGUUGAUGGAGGAGUUAAAACAUCAGAAACUUAUUAUCUCCUUCUGGCAGACAAAUGUUUUUCUGAACAAUGCUGCUAUGAAAGGAAAAGCUCAAAAUGAGUAAAUGCUGAACACUAAUGGCUGUGUCAGAACAGUUGUGAUAAAAAUUGUGAAGUCUGUACAGACAAACCUAUGCAGGUUGAACUUCAUAAAUAUGCAGAGUUUGAAUGUUUAGGUAAUAAUCUUUACAAGCAUUAUGACUUUUUAAGUUUUUUAAAGCCAACAGGAUGUUUUCUGUUAGUGAACAGCAGUUCAGGCUACUUCAAGUUUGGGGCUUGGGGAUUUUCGUUUGUUUUCAAAACACUGUCUCACAAAUCUCCAGUCAACAGGAAUUCAACACUACUUGUGCUCUUACCAGUAAAUUCUGUUGUCAGAUAUCAUCGCAAGGACCGCUGCUGCACUGAUGGUGUAUGCCAGACAGUCUCUGAACAGCGGCCAACAGGAUAGCCUCGAAACCUGCAGAUCAGUCAUGUACUUUUCUUAAACCUCGCUGUAAUACUUUCACUAAGUGCUGUAAAUGCUGCAUCAAUAUGUCGUUUCUAUAUUAUGUAAAAAUUAAAGAUUCUUAGGAAUGACUUAAGUAUGAUAUUUAACAAGUUAGUGUUUUUAAAAACUUUCAUAGCAACUUAUCUUAAAACUGAUUACAUGCUGGUUUUGCUACUAAAUAAUAAACUUGGCAGUUGUCAUA